AUGAAUAGCUUAACUCAAAAAUAAGAACAAGAAGCAUUCGAAACAAUAUGUAAAGUUCAUAAUCAAGAAUUAAUUGCAGUUGAUCUAGACUUAUCAGAUAAAGCAUAAAUAUAAUUCUUUUGUGGCAAAUGUUUAGUUGAGAAAAUUAAUAACUAUUAAGUGACCACUAUUGAAUAAUCAAAGGAGAGAAUCUAAUAAAUUAAAAUUUAAUAAAAAGAUAUCAAAUCUAAAGAGAAUCAAGCAAGACUCAACUAUUAUAACAACAUUUUAGAUCAAAUUAUGGAUUUCAAAUAAUCCAUUGAUGAUUCUUUGGAGAAGAUGUAUAAAUAAAUAUAAUAAUACAUAUUCCCAAUUUAAAAAGAAAAAUAAGAAUUAUAAGAAUAUGAAUAAUAACUAAAUUACUUUGAGGAUAUAAAAUAAUUAUCUGAAUUGUAUUCUUAAGA